AGUAAAAAACCCGCCCUUGGACCUUUGUUUUCAACGAUCUCAAAUCUGCUGAUGAGUGGAUAGUGAAGCCAUGGAUUCAACUUCUUUGUUCUUGGAUGGUGUCACCUGGAGGAAGUGCCGCGCCCACAAGCCAUGAGGUGGGACACAUAAGCAAAGAAUGCAGAGGUCGCUUGGUCUGUACUGUCUGUCACCAACAACAUCCCAGUGUCCUGCACAUUGACAAGGAAAGUACAAAAGCUUUCUCCAGAUGUCCACAGAUUCCUCUGAGAACCACGUCCACCAUGACUCAAACCUGUAGUCAUAUUAAGGUCUGUGAUGAAGAUAAUUCAAUUCUCUCUAUUGUUGCAGUUCAAGUUAGGAGUCCAACAACCAACUCAACCGUGCAGACAUAUGCAUUUCUGGACCCGGGCAGCACAGCGACAUUCUGCACAGAGAGUCUAGCCAGAAAGCUGCAACUGAAAGGCAAAAGAACAAGCAUUCAGCUGCAAACGAUGGGUCAUAAAGACAUUGAGGACAUUAACCAGUGGCCAUACCUGCAAAGUAUCAAGCUCCACAACAUAGAUGCUGAUGUAGAUUUGCUCAUUGGCACAAACGCACCUAAAGUAAUGGAGCCAUGGGAGCUGAUAAACAGCCAGGAUGAUGGCCCAUAUGCAGUUUGGACUCGAGUUGGUUGGGUCAUCAAUGGACCACUUAGGAGUGAAAGGAAAAAGACAGACUUUCAUGCUUUCACCGCAAACAGGAUUUCUGUUCAAAAUCUGGAAACAAUGUUGAUUGAACAAUAUAAUCAUGAUUUCAAUGAAAAAACAUCCCAAGAACAGAUUGAAAAUUCCAGAGAAGAUAGCAAGUUUAUGGAUAUCAUGAACAAUACAGCACAUUUAAUCAAUGGACAUUAUUGUAUUGAUUUGCCUUUUAAGGCUGAAAAUCCUACCUUGCCAGUGAACCGCUGUAUUGCAGAGCAACGUCUUCAAAGCCUGAAAAAGAAGUUUGAUAAAAGCCUCACCUUCAAGAAAGAUUACAUUGCUUUUAUGGAUGACAUGAUAUGUAACGGAUACGCUGAAGUUGUUCCUGAUGACCACUUGGUGGGCAGUGAGGGAAAAGUGUGGUGUAUAUACCCCACCAUGGUGUUUAUCACCCCAGAAAAGGCAAACUAA